AAUUACUUUGUCAAUAAUUGAAGUGUCCGUUUGGAUGUAGUGCAAAGAUACGGUGUACGAAUUUUUCUCUUGUGACUACAUUGCAAAAAUAUGACGAAAAGUUAUGUUUUUUUUUGUUAGUAUGGCUAAUUCUCAAAUAAUUUUUUCUAUUGAACUGAUCGUUGAAAACACGAUUAAACCACUAACUUUAAAUAUCAGAAACACGUCUUGUAAAAAUGGCUGAAGUAUCGAGUAAUAAGAAUGAUUCUGAUUGUGCAGACGGUUCGGAGCUGAAAGGAGUUCUCUCGCGCCGACAGCAGAUAAAUGACGGAGAGAGGGCGCCAGAAAAUAAAGUGAAGGUGAAGAAAUCAUCGAUCAGUAUUUACCUGGACAAUGCGGACAUGGAUAAGACCACGAUAGACCAGAUCAAGCUCAAGUUCGAAGAAUAUGACCUGGAUAAGAAUGGGGUGAUCGAUGAGAAUGAAUUGACCCUUCUGUUCGAGAAACUGGGGGUUCCCAAUAAUCUACUCUCAGUUCGCAACCUCAUCGCACAAGUUGACCAGGACGGUGACUCGUGUUUGAACAUCGACGAGUUCAUUUCCAUCUUCCGAAAAGUCGCCUCCGAGAAGCUGGACGAGACCUCAGCCCUCCUUCAGUUUGUGCGAAUGACCGAAAUUGACGUGUCCCAAUCAGGGGUGAAAGGGGCACGUGACUUCUUCGAGGUCAAGAUCAAAGAGAGCGGUGACAGUGGGUUGUCAAGAAUUAUGGAAGAGGAAAGGAUAAGAAAACAGAACGAAGAAGAGGAAAGGAAACGAAGAAAAGCAGAAAUGGUCAGGAAAAUUUCAGCUUUUGAAGAAACUUCAUAACUAAAAAAACUUGCAAUGAAAACAAUUUUCAUAGCUUUCUAGUUGGGCUCUUCAGCCGCUUUCUCCACCAAAAAAAAACACCCCUCAGAAAUAAAAAUCGGUUUUGUCAUUGAUUUCACGAAUUUCAAUUUGAAGACAAAAUGUUUUAAAAAUUGAGUAAUGAACUCAUAUGCCUACUUUCAUGACAGUUGGACAACGAGAACAAACAUUUCAAAAUCUUAUGAAAAAACUACAGGUGGUGAUUAAUUGAGUCAAAAACUGGGGAAAAAUGCAGGUCUAGAAGUGUCACUAUUUUUCUCUGCUGUUCAUUUGAUUAUGUCAUGCUCUGAGCAACGUGAACAAAUUUAGAGACAGGUGUAAGUUUCAGAAGUUGCUUCCAUUUUGAUCACAUGUUCAAGAUGUUUUUUCACUUUAUUUUGAUUUGUAUGGCACAAAUUUUGAAAAAGUUAAAUGAAUUAUGGUGAAGAAGUCAAUAAAUUAUU